AUGGAGAACUCAAGACCUUCAACUCCGCCAGUCGACGAUGCAAGCCCAAUGACUGAUUUGUUAACCUCUUUGUCGGCGCUUUUCAUCACUGGGCGAUAUUCCGACCUGACGAUAAUAUGCAACUACAGACGAUGGGCUGUGCACAAAGCAAUCCUGUGCUCUCGCAGCGCCUUCUUCGACGGUGCUUGUAGCGGCUCGUUCUCAGAAGCGAAUUCUGGAGUCAUCGACCUGAGCGAGGAAGACGAGGACGCCGUCGAACAGAUGAUCAACUAUUUCUACCAUCUCGACUAUUUACUUCAGCCACAACAUUCGCUGGCAACAAGCUUCAGACAUCGCACGACCAUGCACCAUCGGCGACAUUCGUCGAAACGAAUCGACUUUUCGUCAUUCCCCGACCCGCUACUAUCGCAAGCCGGCGCCUACACAGACACCCCUUCACCUGACAGUCCCGAGUCAAGUCGUGGGAGCUUCGAACUCCCCGAAGGCAAAGACUACUCGCGCCCAGCGACGCCCGAAUCCAUGACCGAUGCCCCUCGAAUACUCGACGAAUCGCUCAUCUCAGAAGAAGACAACGAAAGCAGCGAUGCAUUCACCGACGCCCACCUCCUUCUCCACACCCGCGUCUACGCCCUAGCGGAGAAAUACGACAUCCCACCCCUCAAGCAACUCGCCAGGGCGAAGUUCGAAACCGCACUAGCAUGCUACUACGAUUCGCCGGAACUCGCUGCCGCAAUCGAGGAAGUCUACCAUUCAACCAUCGACUCCGACCGUGGACUGCGCGACAUUGUCCUGGAGGCUUUCAAAGUGCAUCCGCAGCUGGCGCAGACCCCUGAUGUUUACGGCGUCAUUAAAGACACGCCGAGCCUUGCGCUGGAACUGUUCAAAGUCGAGCGCGGAAUUCCUGUGUGA